AUGUACAGAGUAAAUGAAAAUGAUAGACAAAAAGCACACGAGUUUAUACAGUCACUUUAUGGAAAUAAAAAAAAGGAUGUUUCAAGUACUGGAAAAACUCGAGGCGCAAAAAGAACAGAAUAUCUGCAUAAAUCAGGAAUCACUGUAUCUUCAUGGAAAAUAAAGGAAGGGGAUUAUAAAAAAAGUCAUGUUCUUACUAUGGCCAGAGGACUAUUUACUAGAAAAGCUGAAGAUGGAAGAUAUGAAAUUGUUAUUCGUGGUUAUAAUAAGUUUUUUAACGUUGGUGAAGUGAAAACGUGGAAAGACCUAAUGUCACAUACUGAAGGUCCUUAUGAACUCACAGUUAAGGAAAAUGGGUGUGUUAUAUUCAUUGGAGGGCUUCCUGGUGGUCACCUUAUUGUAACUAGUAAACAUUCAACAGGAGAAAGACAAGGAGUCAUUGCUCAUGCAGUCAAAGGCACAGAAUGGGUGGAAAGACAUCUUGCUAGCACAAAAAAAUCACCAAAUGACCUUGCAAAUUUUUUGUAUAAAAAUAAAUUGACGGCAGUAGCAGAGCUUUGCGAUGAUAGUUUUGAGGAACAUGUAUUACCGUAUCCUUCCGAGAUAAGUGGUCUUUAUCUUCAUGGAAUGAAUUAUAAUGUAAUUGAUUUGAAAACAUGGCCAAGUGAAAAGGUUCAAGAAUUUGCUAGAGAAUGGGGAUUCAUACCAACGCAAUAUAUUAUGAAAAAAUCAAUUGAUGAAGUUAAGGAGUUUACAGAAAAAAUUGGAAAAAAUGGGCAUUAUGAUGGAAGAGCAGUUGAAGGAUUUGUAAUUAGAACUAAAGAUAGAUCAACUGGUGAAUGUUUCUUUUUCAAAGUUAAAUAUGAUGAACCAUACCUUAUGUAUCGUGAAUGGAGAGAAGUAACUAAAACAAUUUUAAAUAAAAAAAAACCAAAAUCUAAAUAUGCAUUAACUCAAAAGUAUAUUAAUUGGGUAACGGAAAAAUUGAGAACAGAACCAGGUCUUUUUGAAGGAUACAAAAUGAAUCACGGAAUCAUUAAAAUAAGAGAAAUGUUCUUGAAUGACCAGAAAAUGCCAGGCGAGACAUUAAUUUCUACCAAAGUUGAUAAAGAGUUCAAGAAAACGUUGAUUAUCACAAUUGCUUCAAUUGGAUGUGGAAAGACAUCAUUAUCAUUGGCACUUUCUAAAUUAUUUGGAUUUGAACAUAUACAAAAAGAUGAUAUGACAAGCAGGGCAGACUUCUAUAAAAACAUUGGUGACCUUUUGGAAACACAUGAUGUUGUUAUAGCAGAUUGGGAUAAUCUAACCUUAAAACUUCGAAAAACUUUGAUUGAAGCUGUGAAAUCAAGACAUCAAAAUCUUUUUAUAGUUGGAUUGUAUUGGUAUCAUGAUGUAAACAAUCUAGAAGAAGUUUACAAGAUUACUUCAAAACGUGUUUUUGAAAGGGGAGAACAUCAUCAAUCACGUAUACCAGAUAUUCCUGAAUAUGAACAUCUUAUGUGGUCAUUUCUACGAUCAUUUGAACCGCUUGAUUCCAACCAUGGGAUUGACGGUCAAUUUAAUCUUGUGAUAGAACUGAAAAUUGCCAAUGACUUGAAAGAUAAUCUUAAAAUAGCAAUCGAACAACUUAAAACAAUUCUUGAGAUGAGAGAACCUUCAAAAGAAGAAAUUGUUAAGGCAAUAGAAGAAGCAACACAUUAUGAACCAACUGUUCAUAAUAUUAUUGAAAAAAGAUCUCCCGAGAAAUUAAACAGAUACAAGGAUACAUUACCAUCUCCUGACCCCUACAAAAACAAUCCAACACCAUCGUUGUCACCAAAAAAGACCAAUAAACCUAGAAAUAAACCACCUGUUUAUUAUGGGGUUAAACUCGUAAAUUUUGACAUGGAAAACUUUCUUGCUGAUUUCUUUAGAGAAAAUCCAAACGUUGAUUCUGGAACUUUCCAUAAGUUACGACAAAACAACCGUAUCAAGAUUGAUGGUCACGUAACACUUAUUCAUAGAAAUCUAUUAAAAAAUAAUCCAUCAGAAGAAAUUAAAGAAAUGUGGGAACAAUGUAAAAAUUUGUGCGAUUUGAAAACACAAGUAAAAUUAUAUAUUGAUAAACUGAUAUUUGAUGGAGAAAAAAUGGCUUUAGUUGUAAAGGGAAUAGAACCAUUUAUCAAAAGUAUCAAUGAGAUACCGCAUAUCACGGUUGGGACAAUUGACAGCAGCGUUAAACCUGUUGGAGCUAAUACAAUGUGUGAAUCAGCUUUGCGUGAUAAAAGUUCUCAUAAAGAUAUAAAAGUGAUUGAGUUUAUUUCAGAAUUAGAAAUUGAUGGAAUUGUAAAUGCAUUUUAUUCGUGA